AUGGCGGCUCAGUACGUUUUCGCGGGUAUCGCGGCCGCAGGAAUCGCCUUUUGGUACGACUUUACGAGCUGGAAGAGUGCUGGCACCGGAGGCACGCCGCCAACCUUGGAAGGCUACCUCAAGAUCCGGCGAUGGGGAAUCUACCUGCUCUACACGCGCCAAAACCUCCUUGACCCAUCUCCACUCCCGGAUUCGGGGACUUCGUAUAUCAAAUCGCAAAGGAUUCCGGGACGUGUGGGUAACAGGCCAGAACUCACGCGCUGGACCCUUCCCCAGCGUCAAUUUCCUGAGAAGAUUACUCCAACUGCAUCGGCCACUCUUCACAAUUUGAUGCAAGAAAUCUCCAGUACGGCGCCUUACUCGGAGUAUAUUGAAACGCGACCUAGCAAGACAGAAGGCGGUACCGGACCUGCCAUUUACGUCAAGCCAGAUGUCAAGACCAUCAAUCCUGUAGCGCACAAGAUCUUCUACGAAGUCGCGCAUGUACAUCCAGCAGAGAACUCGUUGCAUGUUUAUGUGAGUCCUCAGGAUGCGAAGUUAAUCAUGAACCGAGGCUGGGGGUUGCGCUUUCCUGUUACAUGGAUUGCGCCACCAAGCUGGAUCAUGGUGUACGCGCCGAGGAAUGAGGAGGAAGUAGAGGUUGUGAGGGAGAUUGUCAGGGCUGCUGUUUGCUUUGCUGUGAGCAUGAACAUUGAGUAG